GUUUUCUCAAUACCAUAGUAUUUAUGCAAGAUAUCGCAGUUUCUAGAGCAUAUAGCUUGACGAAAUUAGAAUGGUGGCAUAAUCACGUCAAUAAAUACGAAAAGUCAUAUCCCCAUUUAUCACGUAAUAAAGCAAUAGAUUCGGCUGAUCAUGAAGCAAAAGAUGGACUGCAGAAACAAAGUCAGCAACAACCUUCUUUUGGCGAAAAAUUACGAUAUAAUCUGUUAACCUUAUUGUUUAGUAAACCAAAAGGAGAUAAAACAUUGGUUGAAUAUGAUCAAUAUAUGACGGUAAAAGGUGACGAGGAAUUGUUGUCAACAACGCAAACAAUGAAUGAUCAAGCUGAUGGUGAUGCAAAAGUAAAUGGUGACGAGGGCAAUUUGAAUCAAUUUAAUAAGAAUGUAUUAUGUAAACUGUAA